AUCUGCCUUGUGUUAGAACUUGAAUUCACUAGUUUGUGUAUUGAUGGUGAGACUGAAGUUAUUUGAAGGCCAAGAUUGCUUACGAAAUUUAAAAUUUUCAAUACCUAAUAGUAAAACUGGUGGCUGAUGUUAUAUGCAUUGAAGAACCUGGUCCUGCUUAUGCAGUUCUCAUGCUAGUUAGGACCUGCCUGAUGACAUAAUGAAGGAACAUGAGUGAUGAAUUAAGAAAUAUGGAGAAAUUUCUUCAAUAUUUCUUUGAGGAUUUUACUCUGAGAAGCAGACUCCAGGAACAUGUUGAAAACUUGAAGAUUAAGUGUUGUGUAACUAAAAGAACCAGUGAUUUCAACAAAGAAUAUGGGGAUUUUGAAAUCAGACUGUUACAGCUAGUCAUAAACAUUAGUAAACAUUCUGAAAUUAGUUCUGUAGAUGAGGGAAGAAAAAGAAUCAGAAAUGGUUGGAUUUUCUACUCAUGUAUUAAUAGCUUCCAGACUUCUCUCUGGAGCAUGAAAAAGAAAUUACAUAUUGCAAUUUAGUUACUAAUUUUUAUUUUUUAAUAAUUUUUUUUGUAUCUUUCAUUUGCAGAAGAUGAAAUUUAAUUAUGUUUUUUCUUUUUUUUUUUUUCCCUCAAGUUGAUUUCUCAACUUUGUGAUUCAUUAAUAUUAGCAUUUGAGUCACAGAUGUGUUCUUAGGUACACCUGAUGUACUUCACUUAUAUAGUAACAUCAGAGUUGUGAGUAUCCUUAAUGACAUUUCUCUGGCAGUAGAUACAUAAUUUAAAGGUGUGUUUGUAAGCCUAGCUUAUUUAACCACUCCUUUGGUAUACACCUUUUGGCUGGUAUGUUUUUCCACUUAACUGUUCGCUGCAGCUGUUCAGUGUGGAUUCCCUAGAAAACUUUGUGCAAGGCAAACUUCAUCUAAUUAAAGUUACUACUCCAGAGUUUGGUAUAGCAAGAGAAAUAUUCCUUAAGCAUUUUGGUAACUUGAAACAUACCACUAAAAUAUGCAAUUUAAAAACAAACCCACACGGAUAUUAUCAUAGACUUUCUAGCAGAUGGAUCCUGCUCUGAUCUGCUGAAACAAUUUUAUGCAGUUCUAUUACCUCGUCUGCCUUUUAAAACCCUUCUGGUUCAGCCUUAACAUCUGUACUUGCUAUACCAGAAUAGCAGUCUUCCCAGGGAAGGAAUUGCAUUUAUUAUUGUAUGUACCAGUCUUAGCUCUUUUUGGGUCAUGGAAGUACUUGUCCAUAGAUUGUCUUAUUGAUGGACUCUUCUGGAGUCAAAAUGUUGCCAUUCACAUAUUGACCUAAGUAUUCCAAAUUUCUAGUGCUUUUUUGGAAGAAUGAAAUUGCUGCAGUUACCUAAUAUGGAAAACAGGUGAAUUGCGAGAUGUUCUGCUGCCACAGACUCAAUUCCACCUGUGGUGGAACUGUGGUAAUGCGUGACCUUUUUUCAAAGAGUGUCGAGAACCAACAGCUGAUUUGGAAAAUCUGAGCUUUUAUAUGUUCAGCCGGAGGUUUGUGACCACUAGGUGUUUUUUCUUUUUUUAACCUUCUGGCAAUUGCUGUCCCUUGUCCUCAAGAACCUCAAGUUUCAGUACUGCAUGAUGGCAAAACCUAAAAACCCCAAAAUGGAAGAAACAAGUUGUUGAUAACUGCAUUGUAGGUCAUCCAAUCAGUGAGAGAAAUGAAUGCUCUGUAACUUAAAAUGGUGGUAACAGACCACUGAAAGUAGAUUAUCAAAAUGAAAAUGAGCUUUUGUUUUCACCCUACUUCAUUCAGUAGGAACAUGAAGUGCUGGCUAGCUGUCCUGUGGACGUUUUUGGUUAGAAAAGUUGUAGCCUCUUCCUUUUUUUUUUUUCUGCAAGUUUCAAGUUUGAGCUUCUUUAUUCUAAGAAUGCUUUCAUGUGGCUUUCCAGAAGAGUUUUGCAACACUGGGUUUUGUCCUUAGAAAGUAGGCCCCGUGACCUUUAAAAACCUUGUGAUAUUUCUUUUUGAUUGUUGGCUGUGCUUCAUGGAGGCUGUAUCCUACUGCUUGGCUGAAUACAAUAGUUUCUGCUUUGUAGUACAGAGAAUGUUAGAGUAGCAGUGGCAAUACGUGGCAGGAUCAAAAUUUUGGCACUUUGUAUUGUGGUUGAAGUACCUGAGACGUGUUAGGACGUCCACGCUGGGACUGGUACUAAGGGACAGAAAUAACCUACUGUGUGUAGAGCAGAGUGGCAGUGGACACGAGGAAUAUAUUUUGAUCCUUACACUUUUAUCAUUGCGUGUAGUGCCGUUGGCUAGUAAACAAACAGGAACAUAACUUCCUUAGAAUUGGGUUUUUAUGUUGCUGACAAAUGACUUUUGGUUUCAAGAUAGGGUCUUAAAGCUAUAGCCUCUAGUUUUUCUGGUUUGCCUUUUCUGAUAGGUAUGUGUCACCGUUUUUGCAGGUUUCUGUAGUGAAGCUCAGUUGAGCAGAAAAAGCAAAAACUGCUUUUGAUAGUGGGAAAGGAAUGAAUUUUUGCACUCAGCUGAAGUGUGCUGACAUGAAGUUAGCUUUAGAUAAAGCACAUCUUCCUCCCGUGCCAGGUAGCAAGUCUGGGGUCAGCCUUUGCUUUUGAGUAAGUUAAAAAUCUAACUUGGAGGGUUUUACAGGAGCACAAUCUCCAUGUUCCUGCUGAGCGCAUUAUUCUAAAUUAUGAUAUUCUGAACUUCUGCUACUAAAUGAUGUAAUAAUCUCAUCUAUCAAUGUAAACUGUGAGAAUUAAGUCUUUAACUUGUAGGAAAAUAAAUAAGGAUCUAGAGGAACACGUAAAAAAAUCAGUUAAAGCAGAGUGGGACACAGUGUUCUUCUUGAAGGUUCAACCUGUAAAUAACUUCCGUGAACUAGCAAGUGGGAUCUAGCAAGGGAAAGAGGUUACAAAAGAGGCUUGCAGCAGCUUUACUUUUACAAAUAAUGUUCUAAUAAAAUGUAUAAUGUUAAAGUGAAGCAGCAGUUUUAACAGUGAGUUUUUGUUGUCAAAUACUGUAAAUUUGUUUCGUAAAAUAUAGGCUUUAUAUGUAUUCCCCAAUUAGGAAAUAGUUAUAAGUUUCAUUAGCUGGAACAAAAGAAGAAAAUGAUUCUGUGAUUAUAGUGAACUGUUACAGUGAGCUUUGCUUUACUGGAAAUGAAUCAGAAGCACAACUGAAACUUGAUGUACUAUUAUGGGAUCCCUGUCUCCUCUGAGGUGGUAUCAGAAUGUUUUAUUUUUUCUCUGUUGCUCAAACUUAAGUGAGUAGAACAAGAGGUUUUUAUCUCAUUUGUCUGGUCACAUUAUUUCUUUGGCAAAGUGCCUUCUAAAGAAGUGCCAGCUGGUUAACCUGUAAAACUUCAAGGAGAAGAGCAUUAAUAUAUUCAAGACAGUCUAGAAAUGGAGAAGAACUGUCAUUUUUGCUAGAAGUUGUGGCACGGAAUAUUUCAUUUACAUUUCCUAAUGGAUGUGUAGAACUAUUCCAUGCUGAAGUAUGGAAAGGUCACCUCCCACCUGCAGCUUUCUAAAAGGAAGACCUCUGUAACAGCAGCAGAGGAGUUUUGAACUGUUUGUGAUUUCUUGGACAGGUAAAGUCUAAACAUUUCAGUGAGCAGGUGGUUGGGGGUGGUUCUUUUACUGUUUGCCAUGUGUUCUUGAUAAAUGCUUGGGAAAGAAAGAAGGGAAAGAGGAAGCUGUAACUUUUACUUAUGGAUCCUUUUGGUGUCUUAAUCUGUGCUUGUUUAUUUAUUGUCUAGCAUGCCUAUUUGAAUAGAAAUUGCCUAUCCUUUUUAUAGGAUUAGCAUCGAACAUGUGCCCCCUUGACUCCAGUAGAAAAUCAGAAGUUUAUUCGGUACCUACUUAAGGUAUUUUUCUAGUGAGACAAGUUUUCCCAACUGGUUUAAUGAUAGUUAAAGUCACAUAUGCAAAAAAAAUCUGCUAAAAGCUCAUGUAGUGUGUCUUCCAUUAAACAUCACUUAAACUGACGAUGUUUCUAAAAAUAAACGCGCAUAAUCUUGCUGAUUGAUGUAGAUUACCUUCUGGAUGUGAACCAGAUUAGUUACGUGGCAUUGUGACUUGUGCAAAAUAGGUUUCUGAUCUUGGAUACAUUCAUAUGGCACAUGAUGGCAGAAUUCAUACCUUUAGGAGCUUUCUGCGCAUAGAUUUUCCAAGCUUGAUGUGGAAGAGUUAAGUAUCCAAGAUUAUGAGAAAUACUGUACUUUUCAUUUCCUUCCACUGACAUACUUUAAGGGGAAUUAGGCAUUAAUUAAUAGAUUUUGAGAAGCAUGCUAAGCAUUGUAUUCCUCUUAGGGUUGAGGAAACAAGCAAAGAGAUCAAGUAAUGCACCGAAAAGUUGCACGGGGUCUGCUGGGACCAGAAGUGGAGCCCAGAAUUCUCAGGUUCCCAGCGGGUCCUUGGACCAUUAAUUGUUACUGUGCUGAAGCUGAUGUUUUAGUUCUUGCAGUAGUCCAAGGGAAUACAAAUGUCAUUGGAAAGCAAGAAAAUUCAAAGUGAUACCAUAUUUAUUAGCUUAAUUUUUUCUGCACAUCGUCAGCAAGGUUUAGCACUGACAAUUUCUGCUUCAUGACUUGUCUAUUUGCAUGUUUUUACAUGAUGUUCUCUUGGAGCAUGGUUUGAAUCUAUGAUUUUUUUUUUUUCUACUUUUCUAAGAUUUUUGCAGUGUUUUGAUUGUCAUGGGGCUUUUGGGAAAUUGUAACAAAUGCUCUUCUUCCAGGACUGCUGACCUAGGGGAUCUAUAGGGAGUUGAUUCAUCAGAAGUCAACCUGCAAAAGCCCAUCUCAAGCUGGCAUUUCUGGCUGUUUGGGGACAUGUUAAGAAUCAAAGGUAUAUCCAAAAGUUUCCAGCAGUAAAGAAUGCUUAAGAGGUUGGGCGUUCUUGUGUCUUCUGCAUUUGGGAAGGGAGGAGUGUGGCGAGUAUGGAGAAGUCCGUUCCAGGGCCACUUUCUGACUGAGGGCAAGUAAACUUUUUGUGUACUUUCCUCCAGGAGACGUGACCAUGCAGUUUAUGGCACCCAGUCAUGAAGCUGUGAAGCAGGUUUGUCGUGUGCAAGUGAGCUGCCCUGGGUUCAGUGCUUCCUCCCAUGAGUUGUGACUUAGAAUGCAUGGGGGUGGGCUGUAGCUCCAUGAUAAAGGUGAGACUGGUCAAAAAGGACUGGUAACAUUACAUAUAAGGAAAGGGAGAGUGAGUAUAACUGGGAUGUGCUAACAGUUUGCAGAGGAUCUGAGAUUUGUCAGUAAACGAUUUCCCUGCUGUUCUCUGGCUUCGAAUGCACAGGAGUUACCCUCCUUAGAGGCCUAUGGGACUCAGAGGCCUUGUGAUGUCUUUUCUUAUCAGUAACUGGCAGGAGCAAAAACUCUUGGAGUAAGAAGGUGAUUUUAUCAAACAAAGUGAAAAUAAAAUAGUUGAAGGUCACUUCUGGUAGCAUAUCAGUGCCUUGAGCCACGAUUCACCAGAGGUGGGAGGGGCACACCAGCAGUAUGUUUUGCUGUGUCCUUAUCCUCUUCCUUAGGCUACUGGCUGCUGAGGCAAACAGGAUACAGAGUUAGAUGAACCCUGAAUUUGACCUCAAUUUUCCUUUCAGUAUCUGAGACGUCAAACUUCAUGUCGAUCAGCCUCAGUACUGCUAGUAGAAGAUGGGCAACAGCUACUAUCUAAUGCAUAAAUCUAUAGAACAGCCUGAGUUGGAAGGGAUCCGCAAGGAUCAUCAAGCCCAACUCCUGGCUCCACACAGGAAUGCCACUAGCCUAAGUGUGUUUUCUACAUCUCCAGUGUAACCUGGUAAGGAGAUUAAGCUUAAAGCAGAAAUUGACAUGCAUGCUGUGCAGUUAUAUGUACAGAUAACAAAGUUUUGUACUUUUGUACUGCUGCCAUUCAAACACUCAGCACAAGUGCUUUGCAAAUGCUAAUGAAUUUGUUCCCACAACAGAAGCUCAGACAUGGUGGCCAACAUUUUUCAAAUGUAAGUAUCUAAAAUUAGACACUAAAGUGUUUUUAGAACCUGUAGUAAAUAUGAUUGAUUUUUUCUACAGCUGUGGACUGCUCGCAGCUCUCUGCAAGUGGCUUUAUUACUUAUACCAAAUUUAAGCUCUUCAGGAAAACUCAUGAUUUCUCCCACCUGCGUGGAAGGAGAAGCCUAGUCCUAUAAAAGUUAAUUUCAGAACUCCCAUUCACACUAACAGAGUUGUCAUUUCUUCUCUGUAUUCUGGGGUGGUAGCAACCUGUGUCACUCAGGCUGCUACAGGUUGUUUUGAAAUUGAUUUCUGAGCCAUUCUGAGCCAUUACUGUUUAGCUGUUCUGGUAAGGGAGCGUGAGUAUGCUUAUACGCAGGGUACCAGCUUUCAGAAGAGGAGGAAGAACAGCUGCAACAGUGAGGUGAACCACGCCUUUGGUCAGCAAAAACAUACCACAGACUUGCUGAAAUACAGUUACAUUAGGAUGAAAUUAGAAAUGUAACAUAAAUCAAAUUUUCAUAAGGCUAUGAACCUGAGAUUAAGAAAUAGUUUCCUGAAAUAGUUGAGGUCUAUAACGGUAAUGAGCAAAAUGUUUCUGAGAGGAAGGGAGGGAAAAUGAGGGAGAGGAAAGAGAGAGAAUCUUCCAUCAGCCCUCAUGACCUCCCAAGAUAAGUGUCAAGUUGCAUAAACAAGAGCUUACAUUUUAAAAUAUGAGCUUUGAAGUACUGAGCUAUGAGCUUUGAAGUACUGCAUAUCUCAUCUGGUAACUCUUCUACAGAUGCUUACAGAUGUGUGUUUAUUUAUUACAAUUUUAAAAAUUUCUGAAAAACAUUUUGCUGGCAUCAGAACAUCAGUUUUUUCCUCUUGACUCAAUUUUUUGGAUGCCUGUUAGCCUUUUUGUCUCAGCUGUCAUGAAUCUUUUGGACAAUGCAAGUUUCUUCCUGGACUGAACUGACCUGGAUGCCCAACGUGCACAACAGCACGGCCGAAACUCCAUGCAUGAUGGGACCCUGUAACGGGACGUCGUCCCCGGAGACAUCGACCCCACAGUUUUCCCUGGGUGUGUUGGUGCUCUUGGCUCUGCUCAUGGUGCUGCUAGCUCUGGUCACGAUCCUUGGAAACGUCCUGGUGAUCCUUGCUUUCAUCUUGGACAGAAAUCUCAGGCAUCGGAGUAACUAUUUCUUUCUCAACCUUGCCAUUUCUGACUUUGCAGUGGGUGUCUUCUGCAUGCCACUAUACAUCCCUUAUGCCCUGACAGGGACCUGGCACCUGGGAAGAGGACUAUGCAAGCUCUGGCUUCUUAUGGACUAUCUUGUGUGCUCAGCUUCAGUGUUUAACAUUGUCCUUAUCAGCUACGACCGUUUCCUGUCAGUUACAAAAGCCGUAUCUUACAGAGCCCAGCAGGGAAUGAUGUCGAACCCUGUCGUCAAGAUGGUGGCCAUCUGGGUCUUUGCCUUCCUGCUCUACUCUCCGGCAGUUCUCCUUUGGGAGUACGUGUCUGGCUGCAGCAUGGUAGAGGAGGGGCAGUGCUAUGCCGAGUUCUUCAACAACUGGUACUUCCUCCUGUGUGCAUCCACCCUGGAGUUCUUUGUGCCACUGAUCUCAGUCACCUACUUCAACGUGAGCAUCUUCCACAACAUCCAGAGACGCCAGCGGCGCGGCAGCAUUCAACACUGUGAGUCUCCAGGGAGCAGCAAUGUGUCCUGGAGGUCUUGUUUUAUGCUGAGGCAAGGACCCUCUUUGUCAGAUACAGAGGACAGUGUUUCGUCGGCAAUGAGGUCACCGAGACCGUCACUGGUGUCUGACUGUACAUCUCCAACAACAACGGGUCCUGUGGCUGUCAAAAGGGACUUCUCUGCAUCUUUCCGUGCAAAUUCUCAGUCAAGGCUGCAAAGAGACAAGAAGAUUGCAAAGUCGCUUGCCAUAAUUGUGUGUAUCUUUGCCAUUUGCUGGGCCCCAUAUACUUUACUGAUGAUUAUUCGUGGAGCCUGCCAAGGAACCUGUGUCCAUCCAAUCCUGUAUGAAAUUACCUUUUGGCUUUUGUGGAUCAAUUCCUCUCUGAACCCAUUUCUUUACCCGCUCUGUCAUAUGAGGUUUCAAAUGGCUUUUAUGAAAAUAUUAUGUCCCAAAAAGCUUGCAACGUUGAGAUCAAAUUAUACACCUUCUGUUUAGAGCAUUAAAGUAAAUGACUUAUAAAAAAG